AUGGUGCAGGGGGCCGCCGCUUUUGUUAUAGCAACGGCUGCGAGGCGGCUCUGUUUGAGAUGCCGGAGGCGAGGCUUUUGGGGCUUUUUAAGCGUGUUUCUAGCAACAGUGAGUUGGCAAGCUGCUGCAAAGGGUCUUGCAGCUUCUCCUAGGAGGAGUGCAGUGCUUGCAGGGCAGGCCCCCCUGGAAACGGCCUUUGUGACGGAAGCAGCCAAGCCACACCACGCGGGGGGAGGGGAGGCAGGCGCGUGUUGCAGGGGUGAGAACUCUGUGGAUUGUGCAGACACCUCCGAGGGGGCUAGCCGGCCCGCAGCAGCGUCUUCGGAAGCUUCCGAGGAAGGACUGGCAAAGGCGGAAUCAGAAGGGCCCCUCGCACCUUCAAAAACCAACAAACCCUUCAACGGCAGCGAGGCUGCAGGGAACCCCAGGGGAUUUCCCCUCCUUCCCCCCUUCCUUUCCCAGCGAGGAUCGUCCACCGGCGAAUCGACAGAAGGGCCCCUCCCCGGCUCCCCCGCCUGCCUCCAGAGGCAGCAGCCGCAAAACGGAGUAUCUACCGCUACUAACAGCAGCAGCAGCAGUACUAGAAGCGCCAGGAACAAAAACAAUCCCGCUUCAGAAGCGCCACCCCACCGUCUGCCGCAAGAGGCCCCCGGCAGCAGCUGCUGCGCAUCUGCAGAGAGGCAGGAGGCUCUUCAGGGAGAGGCUGGAUCUUGCCUCUCCUUCUGCGAAUUGCUGCGGCAGUCUCUCCAGAGAACUUUGAUGAGACGCACAUACUGCAAGGGCUGUGGCGGGAACGUGGAAUGCGCCAUAUCCACGCGGGAUGUGGACGUAAAGGAAGAACCAUCUCCAGGGUUUGUACGCUAUGAAUUGAUUAGUUCACUCUUCGCCGUUCGUCCCAUGGAGGGAACCCAGGGCGAUGCAGGAGGUUCCUCGAGCAUCGGGCAGAAGACACCUAGCUUCCGUUCUUUUGCAAAGGCCACCAAUGCGGAAAAAGCGGCGAAGACUGCAACGGGAGAGGAUCGUGGCUGCCAUCUCGUCUUGCAUGUUAGGGUGCCUGCCGCCUAUCGGACUCGAGAAAUGGCGGAGCAACAGCAGCAGAAGCAUCAGCAGAAGCACCAGGAUGCACAAAGAGAGCAGGGGGAGGAGGGGGAGCAGCAGCAACAACAAGAAGAUGAGGAGCCUGUAUGUGGAGUCGGCAGCAAGUCUGCGGCGGGAACCCCCUCUCGUCUAGGACGUCCGCAUGCACUGGCGAUUGACUCCCCUUGGGUGUCGAUCAAUGACUUUGUGCUGUCUUACGCAAGACCGCGGGCUGUGCUAGACUUCGCUUCUCCGUGGAAGUACCCUUCCUUUCUCUGUUUCGCGAGAGAAGACACGGAGCAGGGCGAUGCUGCGUUUCUAUCCGUUUGCAAUCCGGUGAGCAGGAAGGACCACACAUGUUUUGCGCCUGAGAGUGCAGCACACACACACUUCAUGAGGCGCAAUGAAUAUUUUGGAGCAACGACGGCAAAAAGCCGUUCCCAUACACUGGACCUGCCCGCACAGGCCCGGGAUCGUCUGGUUCCUGUGCCGCGAGUUCCUGGCUGCCCCAUCUCCCUGGACGCCUUCAUGUUAGAGCAGAAUUUGUCUCUCAACCCUGAAGCCCCCAGGGAGCCUUUCACGUUUCAGACGCUCACCCCUACUGAGCUGCUGCAGAUGCAGGCCGCCCGUGUUCGGCGCGAGCAGUGCCUUCGGGAUGCUGCAGAAAAGGAGGGGGAGGCAACACCCAUGGUGCCUUUUGGGCUUGAAGGCCUUCGGUGGGGUUCCGAUGGCUUUGUCGUUGCGGUGGACGCGGAGUUUGUGGCAGAGGUGACAGAGGCGGCGGAAAUCGACGAAGACGGGCACAAACAAAUCCUACAGAGUUCUUCGUUCGCUCUCGCCAGACACUCCAGAUGAAAACAUUCGGAGGGCCUUUUUCCUGUCUGCAGAGUGAGCCUGGUACGCGGACAAGGAGAUCUCGAAGAAAUUCCCUUCCUGGAUCAUUACAUCCUGUUCAAGAGGCCUCCAAAAGACUGCCUCACAAGAACCGUGUCUGUCUGCAUGAUAUCUGUUACCUUUGCCUUUCUUCUGUGCAUUUGCCGGGGUGGGGCCACAUGCCUUUUAGACUGCUCUCCCGUUUCUCCCCUCUCGUUUCAUGUCUGCCCCUCUCCCAUUUCUAUGCGUUGGCUGCCUCUGCACUUCCCUGUUGCCUCUUAUUUCUCCUUCGGCGUCUCAUUGGCAGCAGAAGCCUCCGUCUCUGCCUUCUCUCUUGGCUUUCAGAUUUUCUGGUUUGCGGCUGGAGGACCUCAACGCCAACGAAUCGCGGGUUUGGCUUACUACGCGCAAAGCUGUCCUGCAAAAGCUGCGCUAUUUGAUUGA